AUGAACAAACUCCUCCAACGACCCCCUAUACACCACCUCUCAAAAGAGGACAAAGAAUUCUUCGAAGCGAUCCAUGAAGAAGCAAUGAGAUAUUACACAUCUACGAAGAACGAAAUCUUGGAACCUCUUGACAAGGAAAUCAAACAUCUCGAAUUCAUCACACAAAGUCUCGAAACGCUCCCACAAGUUCAGAAAAAACUCAUGGAGAAAGAUACGUUGGAAGGAGAUGAAGCGCAGAUGUCCGAUCCAGUGUAUCAUAAUCUGAAGGAGGGCGUGGAGGACUUCCUUGAGGGAUGCAUGGGGGAUAAACAGGUAGCUCUCGAUAAUCUUGGAGAUGUUUUCGUGGAGGGGAGAAAGCGGUUGGAAAUGGCGGUUGCUAAUGGUUAUACGGGAGAUGUUCGUGUUGCUCAUGAAGACUGGAAAUGGGGAAAGGGAAAUGGGUAG